AUGGGGGAGCUAGCCCCGGAGGACGCGGUGCACCGCACACGCACCUGCGAUGAGCAGAUCCUGCCCGCCCUGUACGCCUGGGUGGGGGCGGCCUUCCAGGCCACCCCCACCCAGCUGGGCAACCUGGCCCUGGCCCGCGCCAUGAUGCAGGCCCUGGCCAGCCCGCUGGGCGGCGUCUCGAGCGCCCUGGCCCCCCGCGGCGCCGUCAUCGCCGCGGGCUGCCUCAUCUGGGCCACCUUCACCGCCCUGUUCGGCACGCUCUCCUCCUACGCCCUGGCCGUCCCCGUGCUGGCCAUGAACGGGCUGGGCCUGGCCCUGGUCAUCCCCAACGUCCAGAGCCUGACGGCGGACUACUACCCCCCCGGGGCGCGCGGCCGCGCCUUUGGCGCCCUCUGGCUCGUUAUCAGCCUGGGGGGCAUGCUGGGCGCGCUGUACGCCACCAACAUGGGCGCCGCAACGCCGCUGGGAGUCCCCGGCUGGCGCUUCGUCUUCGUAUCCGUCGCCGUCGCCUCCGCCGGCGUGGGUCUGGCCAACGGCAUCUGGGUGCACGACCCGGGCUACGCAGGGCGGGCCGCCGCCGCUCGCGAGGCCGGCGCCUCGCUGUCCAGCACGCUGCGGGCCAUGGGCGCGGGCGUGCUGGCCGUGGCGGGCAUCCCCACCUUCCUCCUCAUCAUCACGCAGGGCAUCGUGGGGUCGGUGCCCUACGCAUCCCUCAUCUUCCUCACCCUCUACCUCCAGCUGGCGGGCAUGAGCGACGCACACGCCAGCCUCCUGGUCGCCGCCUACCUGGCGGGGGGCGGCGUGGGGGGGCUGAUCGGCGGCGCCGUCGGCGACCUUGCCGCCCGCCUCUCGCCGGGGCACGGCCGCAUCCUGGCCACGCAGUUCAGCGUGGCCGUUGGCAUCCCCUUUGCCUGGGUCAUCUUCCGGGUGCUCCCCAUGGAUGGCAGCACACCGACCUUUGUGCUCCACCUGAUCGUCAUCCUGCUCUUUGCCAUGCUCACGGCUUGGCCAGGGCCCUGCUGCAACAACCCUGUGUUUGCCGAGAUCGUGCCUGCCGCGCAGCGCAACCUGGUCUAUGCCUUUGACCGCUGCUUUGAGGGCGCGGUGGCGGCCUUUGCAGCCCCGCUGGUGGGCCUGCUGGCAGAAAAGUGGUACGGCUUCUCCGGUGCCAGCACCGUGACCGGGAACAGGGAGCGGGACCUGGCAAACGCACGGGCCCUGGGGUCAGCGCUCCUCGCCUUCCUCGCCAUCCCCUGGUUCAUCUGCCUCUGCGUCUACUCAGGGCUGCACUGGACGUAUCCGGAGGACAAGCGCAAGGCGCUGAAGCUGGAGAUGGAGCUGGCGGAGCUGGAGAUGCGAGUGUCCGGCCUGUCCUGGGACGAGGCCGGGGAGGACAGGGAGGCGCGGAGGGGCGCCGCCGAGGAGCAGCGGCUGCUGGCCGAGGAGGGCAGGCAGUCCAGGCCGCGUUCGCCCCCGAAGCCCGAGAGGUCUGCCAGGAGCAGGAUCGGCGCGGCGACGGUCGCGGCGCCGGUCCAGGGCCUGGCACGCAGCCCGCGGGCCUCUGCCGCGAACCUACGGGGCGGCGAAGGCGCCGAGGCCGGCCGAGCCGGGUCUCUGCGGAGCUGGCCCAGUGCGGUCAGCCUCUGA